UAAUUGUUCAAAGACCUCCCAUUCUAAUCCUCUCCAAAAAUUAUUUUUAUGACGCUCUAAUUUCCCGAGUAUGUAUUUGUAGUCGCGUAACUUAGCCAUACAUUUACUUUAAAAGCUUUUACUAUGAACGGCAUUACGAUCUUAGUGACUUGUGUGAUUCUCCUAACAAAUUCUCCAGAAGCUGUUUGUAGCGUGGAUGAUGGUAGGAAAUUCGACACGCUGGUGAGGACCCUAGACCUUCAGUCAAACGAAACUGCCAAUGCUACCGAGUCGUCCAACUCGACGCUCUACCCUCCACCUACCACCAUUCGACCGAUGGCCGGCUUCACAGCCGAGGGGGCCUCGACGGGCAAGCCCUUCUACCCAGUCGAGUCCACGGCACCGCCGGGGGGCUCCGCCAUGACGGGCGCCGCCAGCACCGAGCCUAUGAUCAUCGUUGGCAGCAUCAUGCUGGUCGCCUGCAUCGGCGGCGGCAUAUACUUGUGGCACCUGCGAAAGGUGAAGAAGGACGCAAUGCCACCGGAGAGCGAGGCGGCGCCGGCGGAGGGCGCCGAGGACGAGAACUCUCCGGAAGAGGCGGAGGUGGAGCCGGAGGGCGAAUAGCUCCGAGGCCAGCGCCGCUGACGAGCUUGAGCCGGCGGGAUAGACGGACAAUGUCGACACGGUCUCUGCACCCGCGCGUGAGAUCACCACCGGCUGCUGCCCAGUCAGCCGGCAGCCGGGUCGUGUGGGACUGACGUGUCGGCGUGAAGAGGGCGGUCUUGAUUCAACAGUGCGACCUCAUGUUGGUGAUUUAUUUUUUACUGAAAAAUCGUCGCACUUAUGAAA